AAGUUCGGUUUGGACUCCAACGCGUAUAAAAUUUCAUUAUCCUCUGUUAGAAUUUUAUAAAUUACGCAGACUUGUCUUCUUCCUUCCGGUCUAAGCUAUAUCUGUUUAGACCCUAGCUGACUAAAAUCCCCAUUCAUAUCUUUAUACAUACCCAAACAGGCCUUCUCAGCGAAUUGUUCUUCCUAUCUGAGGGCGAGGAACAAAUCAAGCAAUCGAGUCAGCGAUCGUGGAGAAGUAUAUUGAUUUUGUAAUCGAAGUUCAGCUAAGGUUGGGCAAAAAAAUCAAAGAUGUGUUUAGUGUUUGUUUGCGAUGAAGAUGAGAGGGUGAUAGGGAGACAGGUAGCACCUGGAGCUUGUCCUUUCUGUGGAGGAAUGAUUCAGGCCAUGGAUGUAGAGAGCAAGUGGAGAUUCUGUUUCUUGCCUCUCUACUUCAAGACUAAGAGAAGGUUCUAUUGCUCUGUUUGUUCCAGACGCUUGGUGCUCCAAAACUAGGGUUUCUGGUAGUAAUAUUCAUGUGCUUCAUACUUUAAUAUGAAUUUCAAUUGGUUUUUUUUUUAU